AUCAGUAGACACCUUUCUUCCAAAACAUGAUGAAUCGUUCAACAGUGCUCGCCUUCGUCCUACUAUCCUUCGCCUAUGGGAUCCAAUGUGCAACGCUUACUCAAUCGAUUUCGGCAGCUAUCAACACCUCCAUGACGAAGAUCAACGCAACACUCGUAACCAUGAGCACUACAUUCGCGAACGGCGAAAAAUCAGCCCUAGCUAGUUUAAUCACAUUGGUAACGACCGUCAACCAGACACUCGUACCUUUGUUGACCAAGUAUAACUCUUAUGGGGUCGACACAUCCAAAGUAGCUACCAUCAUCACUGGAUUAUCCGAACAACUAGCAAAUGCUAAAGAAAUUUUAGGAACUUUCGAUGCUAAAAAUGUUGAUAAGGCUUUUGCAUACGCUGUUGGAUUAGUUCAAAAUAUAAACGCAACGUUGAACACUGCAGCCAAUCAAAUGACCGCAAGCGCUGUGUACGGUGGCAAGUACAAUGCCACUUGUCUGAACAAAUAUGGAGCGAUGCUGUACGCAUCGCCUGUUUCGGCAGACAGAAUUAAUACUUGCAUUCAGAAUGAAGUUACCCCAAUCACGAAUUUGGCGACGAACAUAACAACGCUGUUCAGUAUUGCGCAACCGGUCGCAAUUCAGAUGUUCAACAUGAUCAACGUUUGCUCUACGUCGCCCAACUCUGCUUGCAUCCAGGAGUUUUUCCAAAAAAUAGGCUUAUUUAGUUGGGUAGCAAACUUCCCCCUCAGUUUCAUCGGCUACGUCAAUCCAUUAUCGCAAAGCAUCACAUACAGAUUGAAUCGAUGUGCCUCACUGACGACUGUCGAUAUCGGUGUGCUAGUGGAAACCUAUACGAAUAACUUUAGCAAAUGUCUCUCAACGGGAUCGUAAGUUUCUAAUGUUAAUAAACUGGUAGCUAUACCGAGCAUGUUACUGUAAUUUACAUGUUUUGUAAUUUAUUUUAUUGGGAUUUAAUAUAAAGUGCUCAAGGAAGCAACAGAGAAUGAUUUCUAUAGGUUCCAUAUACAGUAUAUAAACUGUCAGCUACAUGA